CAAGUCUUCGGUGGUGCGUGGUUUCCCAAGAAGAGUCAGAAACGAAAUCAAGAUUGCUCAUGGAUUGUUGAAGAGUCAGGUGGUUGUAGAUCACGAUGAUUCGUUGGAUCCUUGCGGCGGUUCUGAUUCCGUCGUGUCUCGCUCUCCCUUGCCGGGAAUUGUUCCCGGACUUCAAGGAAUUCUGUUCCUGCACCCAAGACACCAAAGCUAAUGGUACCCGGAUAGACUGCAAUGGAAAAUCGUUCUUCGGCACGUUUGUCGUCCUUCCCUUCCGACAAAACAUCAUCGAAUACUCCCAAAACAACGCUGGCUUGCAAGACUUGGAAUCACAGCUGUUCACCGCGAGCGAUAUACCCCUCCAAAAACUCGACUUCUCGUCCAAUUUAUUGAGGCGGAUAACGGAUAAGGUGUUCGAUGGCAUCGAAGACACUUUGGAACACUUGGACCUCUCCCACAAUCUUCUCGGAGACCAACUGAACCCAGUGUUCGGCUCGAAGGAGUUCAACAAGCUGACUAAUUUGAAAUAUCUCGGCCUGAGAGCCAAUCAACUGAAGGCGAUCGGCGACAACACUUUCCGAGGAAUGAAGGCUUUGAAGAAAUUGGAUUUGAGUGAUAACGAGCUCCAAUUGCUGCCGUCGGCUGCUCUGAAAUUCCUCGAAGAUGCCCGCGAAAUAGACCUGAGCGCUAAUCGAAUCAAGAGCGUCUUCGAAUUUCCGCAUCUGGAGAACCUUGCAGUGCUCAGUCUAGCGAACAAUUCCAUCUCAUCCGUCGAGGUCGAGGGCUUGUCCCAUUUGGAAAGCUUGGAAACCUUGGACUUAUCAUCCAACUACAUCAAAAGCGAUCUUCAUCUCGCCGGCCUCGGCAGCAUUCACACGUUGAACAUAUCCAAUAAUUUAUUCCAAGAGGUACCUCUGAGCAUCAAGAAACUUACGUCUCUUUCGAAACUGGAUAUUUCGAGAGCUAAAAUCCGCAACUUGGGACACAGUCCCUUCGCCCAGCUGACGAAACUCGAAUACCUCAAUUUGGCCUGGAACGAGAUCGUCCAGAUUCAGUCGAAUACGUUCCAAGGACUCGCCCGUCUCAAGACUCUGAUUCUCGAUGCGAAUAUCAUCAGGAAGUUCGAAGAGUCCCAUGUCACCGAUAUGGAGCUCCUCGAGGAGCUCUCCCUCAACGACAACCAGCUCUUGUCGUUUCCCACGGAAAUUUUCCUCAAACUCAAAAGCCUUACGAUGCUACACCUCAACUUCAAUCGCAUCGCCGCCAUUUCUGCGGAAUUGCUUCGAUACGCCACGAAGCUCCGGUAUCUGUCAUUGGACCACAACCUUCUAACCGAGAUCCCCGAGGGCACUUUCCGUGAGAUGUCCAACUUGAGGGUACUGCGACUGCGUGGGAAUAAUUUGAAGAAAUUCACCCCGUCGAGCUAUGCCGGUCUCGAGGGAUCUCUCAAGCAUCUCGACAUCGGGGAGAAUCAAAUCAACUACAUGCCGAUGCUGAAUUUGAGCGCUAUCGAAAUUCUCGACAUCAGCGGUAAUCAACUAGUGAACUUGCACUCCAAGAUGUUCGCAACCUCUGCGAAGCUUAAGAAGCUCGUUCUCUCGAAGAAUCUUUUCAGCAAAAUCGACCCGGCAUGGCUCGAGAAUCUCAACGAGCUUGAGUACUUUGAUAUAAGCGGUUGCCAAAUAUCGAUAAUUUUUGAUAACACUUUCGGAAGCUCGUUCAAUGCCAAGUACCUUAACUUGGCCAACAACGGUCUCGAAGCGUUCGGAAGAAGUAUCAAUGUGGAAAACGUGGAAGAGCUCGAUCUCAGUGGGAACUACCUCACCGAUGCGAAACUCAACGUGAAGAAGCUGCGAAAACUCAAUCUCUCUUACAACAGAUUGCGAGCUUUCAAUAUCUCGUCUAACUCCCCCUUCAGCCUGACGAAGAUCGAUCUCUCCUUCAACCGCCUCCAGGAGCUCCGGGAUGACCUUUUCGGAAUCCAUCUCGCCCUGAGCGACGUGAAUCUGAGCAACAACAUGCUCACACAGUUAUCGGGUGAUAGUAUGCGUAGUUUCCCCAAUGUCAAGAAUCUCGAUCUGUCCGCCAAUCAGCUGCAAGUGAUUCAACACAGAACGUUUUCUCCUCUGAGGAGUCUGUCCCAUCUCGACCUGUCCAUGAACCAGAUCAAUAGUAUCGAGGGCACACCAUUCGCGAACUGCUCGUCUCUGUACAGCAUCGACCUCAGUCACAACGCGCUCGAAGCUCUCACCGAAGAGUGCUUCAACAAUCUUUCGAGGCUGCGUUUGUCGCUGAAAGACAAUCAACUGCACACGAUUCCGCAGAAUACGUUCUCGAGGAGCAACGUCUUCGCACUGGAAGCGAUCGAUCUCGCAGAAAAUCAAUUCUUCGAAUUCCCCGAAAUAUCCUUGAGACGUCAAUACUCCGUGAUAGAUAGAGCGAACUUCUCGAUGAACCUUAUUCGCAGCAUUCCAUCGAACGCCGACAUUCUCGUCAAUGUGAAACACAUAGAUCUUUCGCACAAUCCGCUCACAUCGGAUGCGCAUUACGUUCUUCUCGGGGAACCGAAGUCAUUGCGGACCCUACACAUAAGCAAUGUUUCGCUCCGUGCUAUUCCAGACUUAGAAACGCCGUUCCUACGAGAACUCGUCGCGUCCGAUAACGAAAUCAGUGGUUUGGCGAAAUCGACCUUCAAACGGGCGAACGGUCUGAUCAAACUCGACCUCGCUGGCAACAGAAUCGUUAAUUUUUACGGAGUGGAUACAUCUCUCCCGAGACUCGAACAUCUCGAUCUGAGCGGCAACCAGCUGUUCGAAAUAAAUAAGAAAACAUUCCUCGGUCUGAGCGAGCUGUCGACGUUGAAGCUUUCCGGUCUGAACAAUUUGACUCGACUCGAGUGCCAGUCGUUGAGCUCACAAAAACGACUGAACAACCUCGAGGUUCUCGGAUAUCCGAAAAUCAAGGAGCUCGACUAUUCAUGCAUCGAGAUCUCGAACUCGUUGGAAACGCUCAUGGUGGAGAUCAAAGCACCCUCACUUGGCACCCAGCUCCACAAACUCUACAAUCCAAGAAUGAAGAAACUCCUCAUAGCAGGAGACACUUUGGAGCAGCUCUCGCCGACGUCGUUGGCCGGACUCCGAUCCGAGAGACUCGAAUUAAUCUUUUACAACACAAAUAUCCGGAACCUGCCGGCGUCGCUCUUCCUACCGCUGCCACUUUCCUCACGUAUUCGUCUGUCUGCCGAGUACAGCCAAAUCAUGCACGUGGACUCUCAUCUCAUUCAGCUUAUCAACGGCAGACCCAAUUUCAUGGUCACGUCAUUCGAAGGAAGCCCUCUACAAUGCGAUUGCAACUCCACAGAUCUUUACCAUACCCUAAUGACCAAGCCGGAGAAAUUCUCCGAAGCCGGAACCCUCCGGUGCUAUACCCCGUUGAUUCUUCGGGGAAUCCCGCUGGUCAACCUCCAGGAGACCCAGCUGCGAUGUGAUAGUGACUUUGUUACAACCGAUAUCUCAUCGAACGAUCUGGGUCGGGGAGAGAGCAACUCACCCGCGGCUUCGUCCGAGGACAUUUUCAAGUUGGACGAGAGUUUGCUGAGGAAACCCUACCGACCUUCGCCCACCCUCGUUCAGGACCUGGUCGUACGGAAGACCGUGGUCUUGGAUCCGCCUUUCUUGACCAAGGUCGACAUGCUCAUCAUUAUUAUAAUUUCUGCCAUUGUAGUCACGGUGACAACCAUAGCAAUCGGUGUCUGUAUAUGCAAGUGGUACAAUCGCGAGGAGGAGAGCCCUUACCCCCCAACUUGGGGACCGCCGCACAUUGCCAUGCCCCUGCCCUCGAAAUGCACUUGUGUGAGGCCUCCUUCCGCGCCGUGCACCUGCCGGACACCGGGUGCUAUGACAAUGAGGGGCCGAACCCCUGACCCCUACCAACGCGCCAUGUCCAGAGGUCCACCUCCUACGAUGAUGAUGCCCACCCCGAUGCAUCAUAGGAGUACGAUGUGGGACGCUCAAUCGUGGCGGUAGUUAGAUGCCAUCUAGGUACGAGA